AUGCGAAAGGUCUAUGCUCAGCUCGUUCACCAGUUUGAGACACAAACUCUUCCGGUCAAGGUUCAAAGCACCCGAGAAGAGUACUCGAGCGUGGCUCUGAAAGAGCGCUACGCAAAGAGCUUCUGGGCCAUCGAUGAUCGACUGCAACUACCCCCACUACAAACAGUCGUUCCGGAGCUAAUGAAUGCAUGGAACAUUGAAUGGACCUACACCCUUGAUUUAGAUCGGGAGGUAUUGACGGUUGACAACUCCCUUCAUCUCUACCUAGCCAGACUUCCCCGUGCUGGGGGUUGGAUUAAGUAUCUUGGACUAGAUGGCAGAGGCCGUCGGGCAGCUGAUCGGUGCACACCUGAAGGGGUUGUCGCCAAUUUUGGCUGGAAGCCGGAGGUAGAUUGUGCCUCCAGAGAUAGGUAUAGCCACUUGGACAUUCAGGUCGCUCCACUGGAAACAUUCUACGACCAAGGAGACAUCAUUGAGGCACGCGAGUCAUUACUGGCUGCCAUCUUUAAGCGCAUGCACCAGAGGUAUCGACCUGUCCUGGAUGCCUGUCUUCCAGAGUGGGAUCCCAGUUGUUUCUCGUUCAGGGAGAUAGCCUUUGCCAUACUGUCCAUUGCUGCUGGUGAAAUAACACUUGAGUGCGCUAGCAGCCUGGACCAAAACCACCAGACAGAAGGCUACUACCUGGCUCGACAGGAUGUUUCCCCCGAACUGACUGCGCCCGGCUAUCUACCAACCGUUCUUCCACAUUUCCUACACGAGUCUCACAUCCCGGGUACUCAGUCUGGCUCAGCACCCAGUAGCAAAAUAUACUGGCUCAGAAAUGUCCUUGUGUGCUUGGUGACUAGACUGGAUCUGGUCGAGGUCGAGGAGGCAUCCGUUACCGAAGUUGUGGAAGCUGGCCUCAAGCAGGGACUAAAAGAGUUCCAUGCCAUGGUAUUCUCUAUCUUAGAUGUGGUGCUGCUUCGUGUCCAAAAGUUCUCAGAUGGAACCGUACAUGUUAGCAGGUCUCCUCUUACCGCACUGAUACAGUUUGAUGAUAAUAACUCAAAAUUUGCGAAUGGCCCUCGGACAAGGGUGUUUUCUCCUACCCCUGUGCAGGAAAAUACAUGCACGGCCGAGGAACCCAUGAAUGACUUUGAGAACCUAGAGUUGGCCAGUUCGUAUGAUUCAGAAAGGUCUAGACGAGAACAAAUCGCUGGCCCUAGCCACGAGGAAGUCUCUGAUGCAGAAGAUGUGGCCGCCUCUGUUCGGGAGCCCCGAUUUUUGAGUUCAGAGCCUGUGGAAUCACUUCUGCCAGUACAUGAAGCCCCUAUCGCUGAUGAUGAUCAUGGUAUCAGCCCGGUCUAUUUACCGGUCGUCGAUGACGGAAGCGAAGAUGCUGCUAGUUCCGAGCUACAAGAGGGGUCUCAGCUUGAAUACCCAGCAAGCGGCUCAGAUAUUUCGAACGAUAUAGAAUAUGAUGACGAUGACGGAGAAUCUGCUAGUUACAGUUCAAGGAAUAAGACGCACGCCGAUGUUUUUCUCACGGUCUUACGUUUCUUUGACGCAGCUACUUAUCAUAACCUGAAGCAUGCAAAGUCGCGCGUGUUCCCCAAUGAAAUACUUGGAGCCAUCAUGAAGUUCUCCGAUACGCAGACCUAUCGCGCGCUUGGUGAAGUGUCAUCUUACUGCCGAAGAACCGGCAACCGUGAGUUUCGCUUGAAUGAUGACUAUGCUGUUGUGGGUUUUGACAGUGCCGAACAAAGUCUCAUCUUGGAAGAUCUGCACUCGGGGAAGAGGAGCAAUUCCCAAGUAAGGCAUUCCAAUGAAGAUUCGUGGUUCCCUGUUACCCUCAAAGACGAUGAGAUAAAGUUGAAUCCUGUGAUCGGAAUAGCCGAUCGCACUAGACAAAGUAUUCUGGAUUCUGUGGGCAUGGUAUUCUCGGAGGUGAUCCACAGACGUUCUCCUUAUACGAAGCAGAUAGACAUGCCCGAACAGAUGUACUAUGACUAUUAUGGCGGCAGUCAGAUCCAAGAACCCGAGCUCCUAUUCAAGAUCGAAGAACACACAUAUGUCGGGUCUGUCGAAGAUGGCUGGGGCAGGUAUCUUGCGCGCAACUACCAGCUCAACAGUGGUUUGGAUAAUCCGGACUAUUUGAUCGUUCAUAUUCGUGGCCCGACAUUCCGUUGCCUUCUACCCCCUAGGUACCGUGAGCUCGUCAUGGAUAUCACUCAUUGCAAUGGGUUGUAUUGCGUUCUGCGCCACGUCCGUGACGAAAGUGCCGAGGAAUGGGACCUGACGAUGAAGCAUACUCUGCGUCAGCUUCAUCAACGAGAGAAAUCGGAGAAAUCGAACUAUACUGUCUGUACCAGAGGACGACCUGUUGUGGUGGCCUUUACUACGAGGGUCAGACUAUUUUAUUAUGUGCACCGGUGUGAAGAUCCCAUAGCCCUUGGAGCCGAUGCUAGUUCUUUGUCUCGUGAUAUCGCUGCACGGUGUACGGAUACAGAUCCCAGUCAACGUCUCAUUCCCCUUCUUCCUGGAGGUAAGACCAUCGACUUGAAGAAAAGCGAUGAGAGAAAUGAAUUUGAGAGCUGGAUGAAGAUCUUCUGCGGUAACAUAGGAAAGUCGACUGAGUGGGAUCCUUUCACGGAAAAACAGCAGCCUCUCAUUCCCAACAAGAAUGUGCCCAGAAGCCCUGUGCAGGACACAGACGAGCCUUUCUUGUGAAGAGGGAACAGAGGUAUAGGCAAUUGUGGGCAGCGAUACAUUAACAAGUAAUGACAGUAUAUCCUACAUCUUGAAGUGGCCUUGACUGUGUUUUCGAUGCUGUGCCGGCUUGCAUUCUUACCACAUUCGUCUGCUUUCCUAGCUCAGAAUACUUUAUCAGAAGAUACAGAGAUAUCAAGGAUGGGUAGAAUGCUAUUUCAG